AACAGUUGCAGUGUGUAAAAUCUGGAAAUGGAGAAAUGAGACUCCAGUGGGGCUCACUCAGCGUCUCUGGAAAGGAUAAGAUCUACUUUUCUCUUCUUCCACUUGCUGCCCUGGAGUCUCCAUCAACUAAAAUGACCCAUUUUGUGCUGUUUCACUGGAUUCUGAUACAGAUCUUUAUAGCACACACGGCAUCCCAAACUGUUGUCAGAGCAGUGACAGGGCAGCCUGUCAAGCUGCCUUGUGACUACCAGGUGACUCGGCGUACGGGCAUCUCCGAUGUGUGCUGGGGCAGAGGCUCCUGCCCAAAUUCAAAGUGCAAGAACACCAUUUUGGAAACCCAUGGAAGUACGGUGAGAUCCAGAAAAUCUCAGAGGUACGACCUCCAGGGCUCUAUUUCCACCGGAGAUGUGUCUCUCACGAUUGGGACAGUGGAGGCAGGAGAUGCAGGUGUGUACUGCUGCCGUGUGGAGAUCCCGGGCUUGUUCAAUGACAUCAAGAAGAACAUACGGCUGGAGGUGGCCAGAGCCCCUCCAGUGACAACAACCACCACGAGAAAGGCUCCUGUUUCCCCCAAAGGUGUUAGAAAAACAACUUUUGCUCCCCAGGCAACCUCUGGUCUUCAACCAACAGCAGAGACUGCUGUCCUCCUGACAACCACAAGCACCGAGUCUCCAGCCGUAACUACACUGGAGAGCGUUGCUCCUCCAACAAUUCCUAUGACAGAAGAUUAUACUUUUCCAGUAACCGUGGUGACAACCAGUGCUCCCCUGGAUUCUUCAGCUAUCUCCCAUGAAGAUGACAUGUUUUGUGUCACAGAGCCUGGUCCCCUUCCUGGAAGUACAGAAGUGACUACUGAAUUCCCAAAUAUACUUCUGACUGAAGAGGGAAGUACAAGUGCUGACACCUCUGUCAUGAUGGAAGAGGUGCCAAACGCAGGGAUUGCAGCAAAUUCAGAUGGCAAGGCUGAGCAACAUGAUGAUAGUGGAGAUAAGUGGAUAGAGCCAAAGCCUGUGAGCAUCCCAUCUGGCUUGGACACUUCAGAAAAAACUCAUCCCCCUGACACCCCUUUUCCCAGCUCUGUCAUUCUCAUUGCCUGUGUCACAGCGGGGGCCAUUCUUUCCGUGUUGAUGUUCUCACUGUUUUGGAAACGUAAACACGUAAAGAAACUUAUAAUAAAAAGUGUUGGACCUCCAGAAGAGCGUGAGAAAGUUUUCAGUGGUGUCGAAGGAGAAAACAACAUUUUUUCCCUGUGAAGACCUCGUACAUUAUCUGUAGAUGCUGUGGAAAAUAAAAAGGGCCUGUUUCAUGCUGCACUAAGAGAUGCUUAUGAGCCUCCAAAAUAUCAAUGGGUGUAAACCACAGGCCUGAGCUUCAACUACAAAAAUUUAAAAUCUUCAUGCAAAUUAUGCCAUAUCACCCUUAACACUUAUUGCAUAAAGAAGCUUAUUUGAGAAGGGGCUUUAUGCAUUAUUCAUGGAUGCUUCUGGCAUCUGCCUUCUUACUAACACCAUGUUGCACAAUUGAAUUUAUUUUUCUCCAUUUUUGCUAAUGCUCUUCUUUGAAUACAACUUAUACUGUGAGGAAGAGAAAAGAUAUUACAUGGAAGGCUGCCUAUCUUCAAAUUGCCAAAAGGAAAGAAAAAAAUCAGAAACUAUAGUUCUUAUUGCUUUCAUGUAAUCAACAGAAAAAAUAGCUACAAGAAUGCUGUGAGUUUAAAUCAAAAAUGCAGAUUACUUAAGAGGUACCAAUACUGCCUGUGAUUCAGCAUGUUUGAAUGACCCUUGGAGAUUAUGUUAAUAAACUUUUAAUUUACCACUGGCAA